AGCAGAGGGUAAAACGUAUGUACAGAGCCGACAAUGGGGAAUUAUGUGUCAUGCUGGUCCGGAUUUGGGUAUCGGAGACUUCACCAGCCACACAACCAGAUGAUCCGUUCAUAUAAUCCAUUGGUCACAUUGACAGGCCCUGUAAAUGAGGAAAGACUGAGAAUCCCUGUUUCUCAGAAAGGUGUCAGCCUGGUGGCAAAUCAUAUUGGGAUCGGGUUUGAAUCUAUUGGAAUCGAACUUGGACUCAAUCUUGUGGUGAUCGAACAAGGCAAAGUUUCACACCCAACUUCACUUUAUAUGCAGACCUUACACAUGCUCACCAAGUGGAAGGAGAGGAAUGGCAGAUCUGCCACUGGCCUUGUGCUCGUCAGAGCGUUGUGGAGAUGCAGAGGUAGAUGUACGCUCGAAAUGGAUGCCAUACUAAACAUUCUCCAAUCACCAUCGACUUAGUGUGUCAUUCGUAGUGCACACCUAAAAUAACAACAACACUGUCGACUCACUGCUCUAGUAUAUGUUAAGA